AUCCCGGUCCACCAUCUCCCAUUGCCUCACUGCACUGGGCUGUCAAAUAUCAUCGCUUUACACACAUAAACUUAUUUCCGACCAAGGUUUAAUUUGAGGGGACCGGUAUCAUCUCGGCACCAUGGGACUUACAAAUGAUCCAAACUAUCAGAAACUGGAGCAAUGGUACAAAGCCAACGUUGGAAACCUCAAUAUGAGGAAAAUGUUUGAAGCAGAGAGCGAUCGAUUCAGCAAAUUCAGUAAGACUCUUGCGACUGACGAUGGAGACAUCCUGCUGGAUUACUCCAAAAAUAUCAUCAACGAGGAUGUCAUGGCUAUUCUUUUUGCUAUGGCCAAGUCGAGGGGAGUUGAGGAGGCAAGAGAGAAGAUGUUCUCAGGGGAUAAAAUCAACUUCACAGAGGGUCGUGCUGUUCUCCACGUUGCCCUUCGUAAUCGCUCUAACACGCCCAUCCACGUGGACGGCAAAGACGUCAUGCCAGAGGUCAACGGGGUUCUGAACAAGAUGAAGGCCUUCUGUCAUAAAGUGCGCAGUGGCGAUUGGAAGGGCUUCAGUGGAAAGGCCAUCACGGAUGUGGUCAACAUCGGCAUCGGAGGCUCUGACCUAGGACCGCUCAUGGUUACGGAGGCCCUCAAGCCCUACUCUGAGGGAGGGCCAAACGUGUGGUUUGUGUCCAAUAUCGACGGCACACACCUCGCCAAGACCCUGGCUCAGCUCAACCCAGAGACCUCCCUCUUCAUCAUCGCCUCCAAGACGUUCACCACCCAGGAGACCAUCACUAACGCAGAGUCAGCGAGGGAAUGGUUCCUGAAGACUGCCAAGGACCAAGCCACCGUAGCCAAGCAUUUUGUGGCCCUCUCUACCAAUGCACCCAAAGUCAAGGAAUUCGGCAUUGACACCAACAACAUGUUUGAGUUCUGGGAUUGGGUUGGAGGCCGCUACUCGCUGUGGUCCGCCAUUGGUCUGUCCAUUGCACUGCACAUAGGCUUUGAAAACUUUGAGCAGCUUCUCUCUGGGGCUCACUGGAUGGACAACCAUUUCCGCAGCACUCCAUUAGAGCAGAACGUGCCGGUGCUGCUGGCGGUGCUUGGCAUCUGGUACAUCAACUUCUUCCAGGCGGAGACCCACGCCAUGCUGCCCUAUGACCAGUACAUGCACCGCUUCGCUGCCUACUUCCAGCAGGGGGACAUGGAGUCCAAUGGAAAGUACAUCACCAAAGAUGGUGCCCGGGUCGGUUACCACACCGGACCCAUCGUCUGGGGCGAGCCAGGCACCAACGGACAGCAUGCUUUCUACCAGCUCAUCCAUCAAGGCACCCGCAUGAUUCCUGCAGACUUCCUGAUUCCUGCCCAAUCCCAGAACCCAAUCAGAGACAGCCUUCACCAUAAGAUUCUGGCGGCCAACUUCCUGGCCCAGACUGAGGCGCUGAUGAAGGGGAAGACCUCUGAGGAGGCCCGCGGGGAGCUGGUGGCUGGGGGGCUGGGAGGAGAAGCCCUGGACAAGCUUCUGCCCCACAAAGUAUUCGAGGGGAACAAGCCUAGCAACUCCAUCGUCUUCAAGAAGUUGACUCCCUUCAUGCUGGGCGCACUGGUUGCCAUGUACGAGCACAAGAUCUUUGUACAGGGGGUGAUGUGGGAUAUCAACAGCUACGAUCAGUGGGGGGUGGAACUGGGAAAGCAGCUCGCCAAGAAGAUCGAACCGGAGUUGAAGAGCGCCGAUGAGAUCACCUCCCACGACUCCUCUACCAACGGGCUCAUCAGCUUCCUCAAGCAGAACUUCGCCUGACCUCCUCAUCAUCAUCCCCGGCCAUGUUGCCCCUUGCCAUGUCCACUGGUUGAGAGGUC